UUUCCACGAAAUUACGGGGGACACCUGAACCUUUGCCUCCCCUUUAAAUAGCAGGUGUCCUCCUUUCUUUCAUCCGCACUCUUCUCUAUCAAUUUUCACAUAACCAAAUAUUAUCACAAGCCUUCAAAAUCCAUGGCUGCUUGCAUUGACUCCUCAAGAACAACAGAGCCUUCCCAACUUUCCCAGAGUCCAAACAGGUCUCAAACUGAUGAAAACCAUUACAAGUUUGUAAAUUUCUGCAGACCCACUUUUCCUGAUCAUGUUUCGACCAUCCCCAUUAAUAAAAACCACACAAAAACCAUUCACCCCAGAAAAAUUGCUGAUUUUUGCUUUGAUGAAGAAGAAGGGGUUGAUGCUUUAUGGCUGAAAAUGAAAGAAGAAGCAAGGCUAGAUGUUGAGCAAGAACCCAUCUUGUCAAAUUAUUAUUACAGCUCAAUUUUGUCUCAGAAUUCAUUAGAAAGUGCUUUAGCAAAUCAUUUGUCAAUCAAGUUAAGCAAUUCAAGUCUUCCUAGUAGUACUUUAUUUGAUAUUUUCAUGGCAGUGCUUGUUGAAGAUCAAGGAAUUAUAAAAGCUGUUAAGGAAGAUUUGAAAGCUGUUAAAGAAAGAGACCCUGCCUGUGUAAGUUAUGUGCAUUGCCUUCUGAACUUUAAAGGGUUCCUUGCAUGUCAAGCACAUAGGGUAGCACAUUAUUUAUGGUCACAAGGGAGGAAAGUUUUGGCCUUGUUGAUACAAAAUAGGGUGUCUGAGGUUUCUGCUGUGGAUAUUCAUCCUGGGGCUAAGAUUGGGAGUGGGAUAUUGCUUGAUCAUGCUACUGGAGUUGUUGUUGGAGAGACAGCUGUAGUUGGAAACAAUGUGGCAAUUUUACAUAAUGUGACAUUAGGAGGAACUGGUAAGGUUUCUGGUGACAGACAUCCAAAGAUCGGUGAUGGAGUUUUGAUUGGUGCUGAUACUUGUAUUUUGGGGAAUAUUAACAUUGGCGAUGGAGCUAAGAUUGGUGCUGGCUCUGUGGUGUUAAGGGAAGUGCCUCCGAGGACUACUGCAGUAGGGAAUCCAGCUAGAUUGGUAGGAGGCAGGGCGAACCCUAUAAAGCUUGACAAGAUUCCAAGUUUUACUAUGGAUCAUACUUCACAUAUUAUUGAGUGGUCUGAUUAUGUGAUUUAGAGGGCUAAUUAAUUUUCCUUUUUAAAGUUUUGGAAAUUUAACUUCCUUUUGUUUGUGUUAUAAGAGAGAAUUGAAGUUCUCCUACUAGCAAACGAAAGAGUUUCUAAGCUAGCUUAAUUAUGUUGUGAUAUAAUAGGAGAAUUGAAGUUCUCCUUUUACAUAUGCUAAGCUGGCUUAAUUAUGCUAUGAUAUAGCCAGUUUUGCUGUAAGUACAAUAUAUAAUAGUAUGUUGCUUUUUUAUAUUUAUAAUUUACUUUGGUUUUUCAUCAGAAA